ACUAGCCCCUAUGGCUGCUGGAUUGUUAGCCAUCCUCAGCCGGUUGCUGUGUUGUGGUGUCCUGCUGAGCUUGGACCCGAGCCACGGCCUGGCUGGUCUCGUGUUCCAACCAUCUUUCCUGAUUGCAUCAGGACCUGAAGUAAAUGUAUACCUAGUGGGAGAGAGCAGCACCUCGGCUGAUGUUGGUGUGGAAACGGUUACUCACCUUAAUGAUUCAUCACAAUCUAACUGUGUGAAGGCAACUACCACUGACCAGUGGUCACUGACUACUUCUAAGGAUGAGAUGAAUGUCAAUGUGCAGUUGACUCUAAAUCGGUCUCUGGUACCUUGUGAAGAUUUAUUAAAUGAAACCAGUUGCUGUGCAGAGCCUCUGUGUAUUGUUGAAACUCUCCGUGUGACUGCUUGCCUGGAUGGCAAACUUGCAGCAACACUGCUUGUUCAAGUUAUGAUAUUUGUGAACUCAACAUUUCAUGGGAUUGUAAAUGAAAGCAAGGUGCUGAUUCCAAAACAAAAAUAUCACCCUCUUGGCCCAUGUCCAUGCAACUUAACUGCAUAUGCUUGUGAUGUGCGAUGCUGUUGUGAUGAGGAAUGCACACCCAGUAUGAUUCAGCUGUUCCAUUCUUACUGUUUUCCUGGGGUAUUUGGAGGGAAUGUAUCCCAACCAUUUGACCACUUAUGCUCUGUUCAGAAUGCAAAUGCUCCUGACUGGUUCCCUUUCCUCUGUCUCGAAUCUUCUUUUGAUAACUCGCCAUACUUGGGGCUGUUCUAUGAUGGUGACACUGUCAGUGUUUCUCAUGACGUUUCGUUUGGGACAGCCACAUCUGCAGUGCUAAAUGUACCUGUUGGCUAUCAUCAAGGUGAUCAUAUUGUUAAAAAUGAAGAUGAAUACCUUACUAUUCCACAGAGAUCUUUGAAUGGUCAAUGCUUGACAAAUGCACCUGUGGCUUACCUUGAAGAUUUUGACGCACGUUGUGUGACCCCUCUAACUGCUGCAGCUUGUAUGGAUAACCAUGACAUUAGUGAUGAUAUCCGUAUCCAGAAUGGCCAAGGAUUGUUGAUCCUGGCUAACAUAACCUAUCAGAAAACCACAGACCUCAGCAAGUUCAUUGCCACAACCUCUGUGAACUUAGGGCCAAGUCCUGCUAACCAGCCCUGGUUUCCUGAACAUCAGAAUAUCACAGCUUCUGUAGAGCCGAUUCAUAAAUCAGAAACCAAACUUGUAGAUGGAAUCUGUGAAAAUAUGAUUUUGCAGGCAGAUUAUGUCUUCCGUUGGGAAGGAAAUGUGAUCAUUAAUGUUACUUUGCUUGUCACACUGGGAAAUGUUUCCUUAGAUUCUCCAGCUACUUUGACUCAAAGAUUCAGUGUGACUUUCACUAACUUCAGAAAUGGCCGUCUAUCCGAUGUGACUCUGUCUGGAAAUCCAGGUUAUCAAAUUGGCAAGCCUGUUUUAGGUACUUUUGGAAAUGGCAGCACCUUACAAAAGGCUCCUGUAAGCAUAUGGCAACCAGUUGGAAAUGGAUUGUGCUCAUCAGCUCAAAUCACAUCAGUGUUGUUUGGAAAGAACUCCCUCUCUGGUUGCCUGUUGAGACUUGGCAUUGAUGCUUUUGAUAACUGCACGGGUCUUAGGUCCAUUAUUUACAAAAAGCUUCUGACUCUGAUGCCAACAAAUAUAUCAAGGAGAGGAAAUUCAAAUCCAUCUGAUCUGUCAGAAUGGGUGCCAUUGUUCAAAGUUCUUCCCAAUGAUUCUGCCAAUUUUGAAAGUGAAUUAAGCAGCUUCUGCACUGGGAUUCCUGCCAACUUGAACCUUUGGUUCUUCACAUCGGUUGUUGGAGCAAUUGAAGGAGUGCCACAACACGAAAUACUAGGAGCUGAAGCAAAUUUUUCCACAGUAACCUGGCAAGUCAACUGUGGAGGAGGAGAUGCAGUAGUCUGUGAGGACAGUUCGCUUUUACAGUCCUUUUCAGUCAGCUUUUCUGUACAAUUUAUCGAAAUACCUGUACAGCCUGAACCAAUGAAAACCAGUUUCCAGAUGAAUUACUUUGAAUAUGACUGCUCUCGAAAUGAUAUUUGUUGGCCUGAGCUUGCUUACCCAUUGACAAGACGUUACCAAGGUGAAACAUACUGUCGGUCGAUUGCUUAUGGGAUGUUGCUGGUGUUUUUCUUUCUGGUGACUGCACUGUUGGGAGACCCCUGGAACAAAAUCCGUAAAGCUUGGCAGAACGCUAUGUUUCAUUAGACCACUGCGGGAGGUCCAUGCACAAACAUUUCACUCCAUUAUUUUUAUUUAUUUAAUCAAUAGCUUGUGCAACUGAAAGAUUCAUGAGAUGCAGGUGACCAAGAAGGCCAUUUACUUGAUUGAUUUGGAAUAAAGCCUAGAACCAUACAGCACAAUACAGGACCUUCAGCCCUCGAAGUUGUGCCGACCUUUUAUCCUACUCUAAGAUCAAACUGACCUACACACGUUUUACUAUCAUCCAUGUGUCUAUCCAAGAGUUGCUUAAAUGUCCUUAAUGCAUCUGACUCUUACUACCACUGCUGGCAUUCAUUCCAUGGACCCACCACUCUCUGUAAAGAACCUACCUCUGACAUCUCCCCUCAACCUUCCUCCACUCGUCUGAAAAUUAUGUCCCCUCAUGAUAGCCAUUUCCGCCCUGGGAAAAAGUCUCUGGCUAUGUACUCUAUCUCUGCCUCUCAUCAUGUUGUACACCUCUACCAAGUCACACCUCAUCCUUCUCCAUUCUCCAAUGAGAAAAGCUCCCUCAACCUUUCCUCAUAAGAUAUGUCCUUUAGUCCAGGCAGCAUCCUGGUAAAUCUCAUCUACACCUUCUCUAAAGUUUCCCACAUCCUUCCUAUAAUGAGGCGAGCAGAAGGGAACUCUAGGUUCAGCCAUGAUCAUAAUGAAUGAUGGUGCUGGCUCGAAGGCAGAAUGGCCUGUUCCUGCAUCUAUUGUCUAUAUUCCAAGUGUGAUCUAACCAAGGCUCUAUGGAGCUGCAGCAUAACCUCACUGCUCUUAAACUCAAUCCCCCUGCUAAUGAAAGCCAACACACCAUAUGCCUUCUUAACAACCCUAUCAACUUGGGUGGCAACUUUGAAGCAUCUAUGGACAGGGACCUCCAAGAUUCUUCUGUUCCUCUACACUGCCAAGAAUCCUGCAUGUAUUCUGCAUUCAAAUUUGACCUUCCAAACCAAAUUAUUUCACACUUUUCCAGGUUGAACUUUAUCUGCCGCUUAUCAGCCCAGUUCUGCAUCCUAUCAGUUUUUUGUUGCAACCUAUAACAUCCCUCCACACUAUCCACAACUCCUCCAACCUUCAUGUCAUCCGCAAAGUUACUCACCCACCGUUCCACUUCCUCAUCCAAGUCACUUAUAAAAAUCACACAGAGCAGCGGUCCCAGAACCAAUCACUGUGGAACACCACUGGACACUGAGCUCCAAGCUGAAUACUUUCCAUCUACUACCACUCUCUGUUUUCUAUAUCCAGACAGCCAAAUUUCCCUGUAUGCCAUGCCUCCUUACUUUCUGAAUGAGCCAACCAUGGGGAACCUUAUUAAAACGCCUUGCUAAAAUCCAUGCCCACUACAUUCACCACUCUAUCUUCAUCUGUGUUUUGUCACAUCCUCAAAGUAUUCAAUUAGGCUUGUGAGGCAUGUCCUGCCUCUCUCAAAGCCAUGCUGACUCUCUAAUCAGUCCUUGCCUUACCAAAAAAAAAACCUUUAAUAUAUCGUCACCUUUUUCACACUACACAGUAGAUUCUGAAAUGGUUCUGAUUCCUGUCUGUUCUUUAAAGUGAUCACCUCUUUGGCAAAGACUGUUUUGAUGCAAAUCUUAGUUGUCAUCUGCCAAGAUUGUUUUCCAUCAAUCAAACAUAUUCUUUUAUACUGGGUAUUGCACAAUCUUUAAACUACCUGCAUAUAUAAAAUUUCAGUAACUAUAAUACAGUGCCUGUUUUGUCAAUAUUGGUCUGGAUUUUGCAAUAUUAAUGACUGGGAAGCUAUCACCAUUCACCAAGUUUCCUUGAAUAUUGACAGCAGCUUCUGGAAUCUGCACAGUUAUAGUUGAUCUGAGACAUCCAGAAGUUGUCAGUAGUUCUCUGCUUUUCCAGUAGAUGUGGUGUUGAACUUUUGGAGUCUCCACAGAUUGCAACAAAAUAGAAAUCCUGAAUUGGUGAACCUUUACACUUUACACUCUAGGUUUUUAAGUGCACUAAGCACAUCAUUACUGAAAUCUCUUGUUCUUCCAUUUACUUUAGUGCAGGGCAAGAGUUAUCGCUGGGGGAAAGGCAGUUACAAUGCGAUUAUGCAAGAUGGGGAAGGAAACUGCAGGGGACGGACACAGUUGAAAUAUGGAGCCUAUUCAAAGAACAGCUACUACGGGUCCUUGAUAGGUAUGUACCUGUCAGGCAGGGAGGAAGUUGUCGAGUUCAGGAGCUGUGGUUUACUAUGGAAGUUGAAUGCUUUGUCAACGGGAAGAACGUGGCUUAUGUUAGGAUGAGAUGUAAAGGCUCAUUUAGGGCACUUUUAAAGUUACAAGUUAGCCCGGAAAGACCUAGAGAGAGAGUUAAGAACAACCAGGAGGGGACAUGAGAAGUCUCUGGUGGAUAGGGUCAAGGAAAACCCUGAGGCCUUCUAUAGGUAUAUCAGAAAUAAAAGAAUGAUGACUAGAGUAAGAUUAGGACCAAUCGAGGAUAGUAGUGAGAAGCUGUGUGUGGAGUCAGAGGAGAUGGGGGAAGCGCUAAAUGAAUAUUUUUUGUCUUUGUCAGUAUUCACACUAGAAAAUGUUGUUAAGAGGAAUACUGUGAUCCAGGCUGGUGGCCUGGAUGGGAUCGAGGUUCACAAGGAGGAAGUGUUAGUAAUUCUGGAAAGUGUGAAAAUAGAUAAAUCCCCUGGGCAGGAUGAGAUUUAUCCUAGGAUUCUCUGGGAAGCCAGGGAGGACAUUGGCGAGCUUUUGGCUUUGAUCUUUGUUGUCAUUGUCUACAGAAAUAGUGUCAGAAGACUGGAGGAUAGCAAAUGAGACAACCCUGGUAACUAUAGACCAGUGAGUCUUCCUUCGAUUGUGGAUAAAGCAUUGGAAAAGAUUAUAAGGUAUAGGAUUUAUAAUCAUUGAGAAAGGAAUAAGUUGGUUAGGGAUAGUCAACAUGGUUUUGUGAAGGGUAGGUCAUGCGUCACAAACCUUAGAGUUUUUUGAGAAGGUGACCAAACAGCUGGAUGAGGGUAAAGUGGUCGAUGUGGUGUAUUUGGAUUUCGGUGAGGCGUUUGAUAAGAUUCCCCACAGUCGGCUAUUGCAUAAAGAGGGAUUGAGGGUGAUUUAGCGGUUUGGCUCAGAAGUUGGCUUGCUGAAAGAAGACAGAGGGUGGUGCUUGAUUGGAAAUGUUCAUCCUGGGGUUCAGUUACUAGUGGUGUACAGCAAAGAUCUGUUUUGGGUUCACUGCUGUUUGUCAUUUUUAUAAGUGACCUGGAUGAUGGCAUAGAGGAAUGGGUUAGUAAAUUUGAGAAUGUUGAGUUGUGGAUAUUGUGGAAGGAUGUUGUAGGUUACAGAAAGACAUGGAUAAGCUGCAGAGCUGAGCAGAGAGGUGGCAAAUAGAGUUUAAUGUGGAAAUGUGUGAGGUGAUUCAUUUUAGAAGGAGUGACAGGAAUACAAAGUACUGGACUACUGGUAAGAUUCUUGGUAGUGUAAAUGGAAGAUUCUUGGUAGAUUAGCGAGUUUGAGCAUCUUAGUAGAUUUCUGGUAGAGAGAUCUCGGUGUCCAUGUAUAUAGAUCCUUGCAAGUUGCCACCCAGUUUGGUAGGCUUGUUAAGAAGGCAUAUGGUGUGUUAGCUUUUAUUGGUAGAGGGAUUGAGUUUCGGAAACAUGAGGUCAUGCUGCAGCUGUACAAAACUCUGGUGCAGCCGCACUUGAAGUAUUGUGUACAGUUCUGGUCACUGCAUUAUGGGAAGGAUGUGGAAGCUUAGGGAAGGGUUCAGAGGAGAUUUACCAUCCUGGUAUGGAGGGAAGGUCUUACGAGCAAAGGCUGAGAGACUUGAUGCUGUUUUCAUUAGAGAGAAGAAGGUUGAGAUGACUUAAUUGAAGCAUAUAAGAUAAUCAGAACGCUAAAUAGGGUGGACAGUGAGACCCUUUUUCGUUGGAUGGCAUUGGCUAGCACGAAGGGAUUUAACUAUUGACCCUUAAUUUAAAACUAUAGGAUAGAUGGCAGAAGUAGUUCCUUUAUUUGGAGAGUAGUAUUGGUGUGGAACGCACUGCCUGCAACAGUAGUAGACUCCUUAACUUUAAGGCAUUUAAACGAUCACUGGAUAGACAUAUGGAUGAAAAUGGAAUAGUGUAGGUUAGUUGGGCUUCAGAUUGGUUUCACAGGUGGGCGCAACAUCGAAGGCCAAAGGACUCUUCGUUCUAUAUACUGAUUUUAUAUUUAGUCAUUUGGUCUUAUACCACUAAUUAUUGCUGAACAAAGACAUUUUUAGAUUAGAUUAGAUUACUUACAGUGUGGAAACAGGCCCUUCAGCCCAACAAGUCCACACCGACCCGCCGAAGCGCAACCCACCCAUACCCCUACAUUUACCCCUUACCUAACACUAUGGGCAAUUUAGCAUGGCCAAUUCACCUGACCCGCACAUCUUUGGACUGUGGGAGGAAACCGGAGCACCCGGAGGAAACCCACGCAGACACGGGGGAGAACGUGCAAACUGCACACAGUCAGUCGCCUGAGUCGGGAAUAGAAUCCGGGUCUCAGGCGCUGUGAGACAGCAGUGCUAACCACUGUGCCACCGUGCCGCCCACGGUUGAAGCUGUUUGUCUUCCACUCACCAGGACUGUUGGGGUGGAAUGACUAAAUGACUCACUGAAUACCUGGAGUCCACUUCCAGUAUCAGAGUUUAUUGAUGUUGCCUUGGUGGGAAGAAAACCACUAGGAAUCCAGAAGCUUCUUCCCUCGAGAAGGAAAGAGAGAAACUAUUAUACAUUUGUUUUAAACCCACCUUAGCAUUUGCAAACCAACUAUGUUAUUGAUUGAUUACAUAUACAUUGAAUCAAAUCAAUCGUGACUGCUUGAUCAGUUAAUGGACACUUGCGGGUCUUCCCAGGAUUUCAUGAUGUUUACUGGACAUCCUUAUCACCUGCCCUUGUGCUUUCACAAUGUGUCUUAUUUACCCACAUUCCAAUCCUGCUGACUUCUGCAUCUGUGAUUCAAUCCUCCCAGCUCACAGGAUGAGAAUUUCUCCCUGCUGAGGCUGUCUCUUCAGAGGAACUCUGUUAAAACCCUUAAUUCUGCUACAUUUAAAAACUCUAUUAUAAUAUCCACACACAGAUGAUUACAAUUAUCCUAAAGGGUUUUAACUAAUGUAAUUCUUCUAUCUAUUAAAAUAUCAAACUUUGAAUUAGCUUGCUUCUAACUGUGUUUUUCAAGGGUGUCCCUUAUCCUAA